UGAUGGUCUAGAGUACCAAAAAUAGUUAACAAUAAUCAGGUUUUGAGGGCUUAAAGGCAUAUGUACUUAAUACCCCUAUAAACCUCUUUCCUUCUUAUUAGCUUUAUAGCCAUCCUAUCCAGACAAAACUAACCUACUCUACUUAGCUUUAGACAAUGAUUUCUGAAUCCCAGACAAACAUAAAACUACCUAGUUUGGAUAUCUCGAAGCCAUUGGAUUCAUGCUCUCUGUCCUCUUUGACUGCAGCCUGCAGUGAAUGGGGAUUCUUCCAGAUAACUAAUCAUGGGAUCUCCAAGGAACUGUAUGACAAGAUUCUCUCUCUCUCCAAAGACCUCUUCAGCCUUCCUUCGGAGACCAAACUCAAGCUAGGCCCUUUUUCAUCUUUGAAAACUUACACUCCUCAUUUCAUUGCAUCUCCAUUCUUUGAGAGCCUUAGAGUUUCUGGACCAGAUUUUGCUGCAUCUGCUCAGGAUUCUGCAGAGGUCCUAUCUGCACCAAACAUCAGUGAGUUUAGUGAGAUAUUGCAGGAGUAUGGAAGAAAAAUGACAGAGAUAUCAAAAGAAGUUCUGAAGCUUGUCUUGAUGAGCUUGGGAGCUGAAUUUGAGAUGAAGUACUAUAAUUCUGAGUUCAGCAACUGUCAGGGCUAUUUGAGAAUUAACAACUAUGCCCCUCCAGAAAGUUUAGAAGAAGAAGAAGAAGCUGAAGGCCUAGGAAUGCAUACUGAUAUGAGCUGUAUAACGAUUGUGUAUCAAGAUGAAGUUGGAGGGCUCCAAGUUAAAUCAAGGGAAGGAAAAUGGAUGGACAUUGUCCCUUGUGAAGGGACACUAGUGGUCAAUAUUGGUGACGUCUUGCAAGCUUGGAGCAAUGACAAGUUCAGGUCAUCUGAGCACCGUGUUGUUCUUAGAAAGCUUGUGAAUCGGUUCUCUCUAGCUUUCUUUUGGUGCUUUGAGGAUGAAAAAAUUAUAUUGGCACCUGAUGAAGUGGUAGGCAGGGAAAAUUCAAGGAUUUACAAGCCCUUUGUUUGCUCAGAUUACCUGAAAUUCAGAGAGAACAAUGAAAAGGGAAAGUUUGAGAAAGUUGGCUUCACCGUUAAAGAUUUUGCAGGGAUUGAGUAACAGAAGUGGAAACCUAAGUUAAGUUUAGGUUGGAAUAUAUGUUACAUGACGAAGAUAUCAUCAGUCAUUUUUAUGAUGGCAAUCUAGGAAUUGGAUUCUGAGAGUUCUGCUGCUAUCAUGCUGGUUUGUCUUAUGAUCACAUGUUUGCAUAAUGCUCGUUUGUGUAUAGUGAAAGAAGGGAAGGAGAAUAUAGUGAGGAAUUAGGGGGGGGGGGGGUGUUUGAAUUUGACCAGUUAGUAGUAAUAACAUAAGGCGUGCACGGUUGGAACAAGAAUUUCCAACUUGUACAUGAUGUAAAUUGUAAUCAGCUUUUCAAAUGUUUGCCUAGAUGUUUAUGUAUGGAGAGCUAAU